CUGAACUCUAAAGCAUUACGCUUUCUCGCAUGAACCUCUGAAGCCCUUCAAUGGCGAUUCGUGCGCUUUCAAGAUCAAAAAUCCCAAUUUUUGCUUCAAUCUUUCUUCAAAGCCUCACUAAAGAACCGCUCAAAGAGGCUUCAAUUUUAGCUUUAAAAUCUAAAACUCAGCUUGAGGAGUUAAAUUUACAGAAACCCAUAUCAGGGUUUAGGCUGUACCAUGAUGGGAGGCCAAGAGGACCACUUUGGAGAGGAAAGAAAUUGAUUGGAAAAGAAGCACUUUUCGUCAUUCUGGGAUUGAAGAGGUUUAAGGAUGAUGAAGAGAAGCUUCAAAAGUUCAUUAAAACUCAUGUUUUAAGGCUCCUGAAAAUGGACAUGGUAGCUGUUCUUACCGAACUUGAGCGCCAACACGAGACUGUUUUAGCGGUUAAGACGUUCGAGGUGAUAAGAAAGCAAGACUGGUAUAGGCCUGAUGUGUAUCUCUACAAGGACAUGAUAAUUGCAUUAGCCAGGUGCAGAAAAAUGGAGGAAGCAAUGAAACUGUGGGAAAGUAUGAGAAAGGAGGAUUUAUUUCCUGAUUCUCAAACAUACACAGAAGUGAUUAGGGGAUUCUUGAGUGAUGGUUCUCCUGCUGAUGCAAUGAACAUAUAUGAAGACAUGAUAAAGUCUCCGGACCCGCCAGAGGAGCUGCCGUUCAGGAUUUUGUUAAAAGGCCUUCUGCCACAUCCUCUCUUGAGGAACAAAGUCAAGAAAGACUUCGAGGAGCUUUUUCCUGAAAAACAUGCUUAUGAUCCUCCAGAAGAGAUUUUUGGCAAAUUAUGAGCUUUAGAUCUAUUUUGCCUAGCUGAAAUUAAGUUUGAGUAGGGGAUUUCAUUUUUUAUUGAUAAAAUGUACCGUAUUUUAGGCUGUUUUUUAACUGGGAUGAGAAGACAUGAAGGUGCAAAUUCAUUUGGUUUGGUUUCAUUUUCAUGUUGGAUAAAUGGGACUAAAUUUUAUUUGUGUCA